GGAGGAGCUGCCGAUUCAUGGCCUCACAGGAAUCACCAGAUGGGACAGUGAAGAACGUUUUAGAUCAGGAGACGUUGAAGUGGGUGUUUGUAGGGGGGAAGGGUGGGGUUGGGAAGACGACUUGCAGUUCCAUCAUCGGUAUCCUACUCUCUCAGGUUCGAUCCUCGGUCCUCAUCAUCUCCACUGAUCCCGCCCACAAUCUUAGCGACGCCUUCCAACAACGCUUCACUAAGGCUCCUACCCUGGUCAAUGGCUUUUCCAAUCUCUAUGCCAUGGAAGUUGAUCCGAAUUUAGAAGAUGAAGAAGGUGCUAGUUCUAGUGGAAUGGAUGGGCUUUUGUCUGAUUUGGCAAAUGCUAUUCCUGGAAUUGAUGAGGCCAUGAGUUUUGCGGAGAUGCUAAAAUUAGUGCAGACCAUGGAUUACUCUGUUAUAGUAUUUGAUACUGCACCUACAGGCCACACGCUCCGAUUAUUACAAUUUCCCUCAACCCUAGAGAAAGGCCUGGUCAAAAUGAUGAGUUUGAAGAGUAAGUUUGGUGGCUUGCUUGGUCAGAUGGGUCGCCUGUUUGGAGUUGGUGAUGAAUUUGGUGAGGAUGCAAUCCUAGGAAGGCUUGAGGGAAUGAAAGAGGUUAUUCAACAAGUUAACGGGCAGUUCAAGGAUCCGGUAAUGAUGGCGUCUACAAGGAAGAAUAUAGGAUCUCUUUCCAGGAAAAUAAAGCAACGUUGGACAUCGGGUUUUCACUUACACGUUGGCGGAAUGCUAUGCUCAGUAGAUAGGGAGCUUUUGGCAGAAAAAUCCUCUAGAGUGGCUCAAGCGCUGAAAGAGAAGCCAGAUGAAGAGAAUCUUUGUUUCUUGCUCGGGGAGGACAUCCCCACUGACCCACAAACCUUCGAGCUGGUAGCCAGAUACUGCCACGGCUAUGCAAUCGACCUCACUCCCCACAACUUCUUCCAAGUCUCAUGGCUGGCUUAUUACCUAGGAAUGACCGAAGACCACAGACCCAACAACCUCCUCAAAAUGGCUUACCUCUACUUCCGAAACAACGUCCUUCCCAGCUGGAACAAAACCAUCACAGCUCUUACCACCAUGUCCAUGCAUACCGAAGGCCUGGACCGAUCCAUGCAGCUCGGUCUCAUCCAUGAAUGCGUGGAGUCGCUCACCACUCAAGCCCUUCACGACCCCCGCCUUCUCUGUCAUGAACGAAAUCUGCGGAGGACCCUGUUCUCCCCGGAUUGGCAAACGGAGGACCUAGCCGCACUUGGUAUCAAGCUGUACGAGCCGAUAAUGGCCGAUAUGAUUUGCCGUCGCGUCCCUCUAGAAUACGCAUCAGCUUCUCUGUGUCACUAUUUUAACAAAAACAGAUCCACAACUGACAGAAGAGAAGUCAUUGAAGCCAUCCAAAGACUCUUACCGCCCAACGACUACUAUGAAGAUAAGGAGGAGGAUGAGGAAGAAGAGAAAGAACUUGUCGUUAUUCCAUUCACGACCCUACUGGAAAUGCUGAAAACCGCAGUGGAAUCGGGUGCCAGUGAAGAAUGCAAGGACGGGUUGGAGGACAGAGUUGGAAAACGGCUAGAUGAGGUCACCGUCCAAGACCUAAUAUCACUAUCUGAACAAUAUAGCGGUGCCGAGGAACAAGCAGAAGGAGGAGGAGGAGAAAAAUACGACAUUGAAUGUCUGAAAAGGUUAAUGAAGAGUUACUGCUGUAACUACAGAAGUUCAGACGUCUCUGGGCUUGUGAGAGUGGGAGAGGUCAUGAAUGAGUUUUUAGCUGAGGUUUCUCGGGAUCUCGAGUUGAAGAUGGAGACGUUUGUGUCUCUGGCGGAGUUGUCCUCCACCGUGGCGGCGGCGACACACGGAUGCUCCGAUGGUUUGUACAGAGCCGUGGAUGUGUACUUGGAGGCGCACGGAUGGCUGACGGAGCAGGAGAAGGAGAUGGUGUGUGGUGCACUGGAUUGCAGCAUGCUGUCGACGGUGGCGCGCGAGCACGCCGUAAGGAAUCAGAGGUUGCCUUUGAGGUUGGUGGUGCGAGUUCUGUUUGUAGCUAUAGGUGAGAUGAAGCUGAGGGACACCGCCACCAUUGUUACCCAAGCUGUUGCAGAGAGGUCUGAGGAAGAUGAGGAAGGAACAAGAAAAGGAGACGAUAGUAAUAACAUGAAUACAGUGUUGAGGGAGAAUGAUUGUGGCAUCAGUAGUAAUAGCAGAAGGAAUAAUAGCAGUAGUGUGUGGAAGAAAUUCAAAAGGAAGCUUGGGUGUGUAACCUCUACUCAUCAUGAGUCUAUUAACUGCCAUGUCAAGAGGAACAAGCAAGACCACACAGUCUAAGAUUGGAAAUUCAAAUAGACUUAGUACUUCCACAGUUCCACUUCUAUUAUUUUAUCUAUUUUUUCAUUUGAUUUGUUUACUAAUUACAAGUAUAUAUUAAUUUAGUUAUUUCAAUUAUUUGGUAUUCUUUUGAAAAGCUUGGGUUAAUUUGGAGGUCUUUCCGGGAAAGGUUAACAUUGUUAGUAAAAUACUCCGUAUAUUGUAAGUUUCAAUAUUUUUCCUAAACUAGGACUAACUGGCCCCUAUUUUGAGAAUUCUUGAUUGCCUUAAUCUUAUAGAAAAUGUUCUAGUUAGGAAUAAAACAGACGGAGUAAAUAAGUAAGUUGCACAAAUCGAAGUAGCGAUAUACUACGUACUAUUCUCAAAAUAGAGUAAUUUGAUUGUCUUAAUCUUAUAUUUUAAGAUUUUCUCUUUGUUAAGUGAACAUUGUUGUUAUAAUCUCUAAUGAGUUGAGGGAACCUAUUAUGAUCACGUAGGAUUUUAUUUUUUCGUUAAAUAUAUGCCUUUGGCAAAUUAUACCGUGGGAUCGUUGUACCGUGAGCACGGUGCACCCGAUCCCAAAACGGUAUUGUUUUUCAAUUAAAAGAGAGCAAAUUUCUUGCAUCGCUCAAAUAGACAAUCCACUGAUUUAGUCAAGGGGAGUCCCACAUCUGGAAUUGCUUGGCUCCAACCCGCAUUUGGAAUUGCUUGGCUUCAAUCUUCGACCUUCUGGUGCAUCUCGAACUGCUAGACUUGUUGCGCCGCGUUCUGAUUUCAAGGUUGAUGUUGUGGCCUCGCCGGUGCUUCACUGGGGAAGAUGACCGGAUUGGUUGUUGGGUUGUCUGAACUGGCCGCGCUUGGUUUUGCUUUAACGGGGAUGUUUUGUUUGAGAUCUGGACGGUUAUCGGAAGUCGCCUUCAACCGGAGAGUGGAGUGGGUGGUCUGGGUGGUUUGGUUCGUUUGCCGGGAUUUCGACGGGUUCCACCACCGGAGACCACAAUUUGUCCUGUGGAAGGGAGAUUGGAAGAUCUUUGAUUUUCGGCCAAGAGUCUCUAUGGCUUUGUGUUAUCUUGGAGGAUAGCUACAUCGAAAGCCUCGUUAGAAGCUUGAGGAUGGAUUAUUUUUAUUUGGGUUCAAGCCUAAGAUACAUGUGUAUCAAAGCAAUUUACAUUUCUAUUUGAUUCAAUUUACAUUUAAAUUAACCCAAUUUACAUUUUUUAUUUAACUUGAGUUGCAUUUCUAUUAAGACUACAAUAAUGAACAUCCUACAUCUGGUGACAUUUUUGUAAUUUAACUGAAAAUCGUGGCUUCCGCUAAAUGAGUAUUAAUGCAC